AUGGCCGUGAAUGCAGAUGCCGGGCUUGAGAGGAGUGCCGUGGGUGAGAGUGGCGGGGGUGAGAGUGGCGGGGGUGAGAGUGGGGGCGCGUCGGAAUUCGGAGACAUGCAGAAACUUCUGAGUGUCGUCGUGUGCGACGGUAAAGACGGACUCGGGAGCAGUUCCGACUCACGCCGACCGAGUGUCAGGUCCCUGAGCAUCGGGCAGAACAGCUGCAGGUCCCCUCGGAGCGGAAGUGUUGCGUCACCGGCGCGCUCUCCAGCACCGGAGCGCAGCGAGCACGAGCCUUCCAGCUACAUGUGGCUCGCGGUGCUCUCGUGCUUCUGUCCCGCGGUACCGCUCAACGCCAUCGCGCUCUACUUCUCCCAGGCGUCCCGCUCCAUGAUCCAGGCUAAUGAUUUUGAUGGAGCUCAGAGACUGGGCCGACGUUCGCUGCUCUUCAGUAUCUUGGCCAUUGCUGUGGGUUUGAGUAUAGUCCUUUAUCUAGUAAUCACAGACAUCAGAAAGGUGUAAUAUACGAUAGAACAUCUUAUAUCACGGAUGAUCAAUCGGGCGUGGCAUGGCCCUCUAAGGAUGCAAACAGCAUCCUUGAGAUCUUAAAGGACUAGAAUAUCUUGCACUACAAUUACAAAAAACAUGUCAUGCCUGCCUUAUCAUAUCUCAGGCAAUAUAUGAAAUGGUAUGGAUUUCUCGUGCAUGCUCUGUCUCCGUCUUCUGAGACAAGAGACAACGUCUGCGUGGGGCGUGUCUUCUUUGAAGGAUGCCUCACCCCAAAAAAACUGUCCUGAGCUGAUGCCUGCCAAUAAAGCUUGAAAAGCAGGGGGGAAAAAAACAAAAGAUACACAAUAAUUCAAUGGACCAGAAUUAUUUAUACAAAUUUAUUGAUUUUCUUAACUGUUGAAAUU